UACGCGUCGAAUUCGACGUGCGCCUGCCCAAUAUACAUGUGACGCGAAUGCAAUAAUAUACAUCAGACUAUUCGCCCUUGGUACAUUGGUAACAUUGUAUAAGAACGAUAAAACAUAUCUUUGGUUUUUAGUUCGCGACGCUUUGCAUCGCAUCGUUCCCGUCGUCGUCGUCGCUACCUAUCCGCACACGAUGUUUGCGCAAAUGAGCAUGGCCAUACACAACGCAGCGCACGCCUUGCCGACGACGACGAAAAGCGAACUGUACGUUUACGCUUCUAUCGUGUUUUUCGUCGUGUUGUGGUGCCGCAUGCGAUGGCAGUACAGACAAUUUUAUCGGCUGGCCGAUAAGAUUAAGGGCCCGCCAACGUACCCGUUAAAAGGAUCGAUUUACGAUCUGCGCACUACCCCCGAAAAGAUUAUGUACAAUUUUAAAGAAUCGGCCGAAAAAUACAACUACGAACCGGUAAAAUUGUGGGUAGGCCCAUUUCUUUUUGUCGGCGUUUAUAAGCCAGAAGAUGUGCAAAUAGUUUUAAACAGUUCUAAAGCCUUAGAAAAAGGCAUUAUUUACCACAUCAUAAGACAUGCGGUGGGCGAAGGUGUAUUUACUGCUCCGAUGGGCAAAUGGAAAAAGCACCGUCGUGUUAUAGCCUCGAUAUUCAGCUCAAAGUUUUUAGAUCAACUGUACCCGAUAUUUAACGAGAACAACAAAAAGCUAGUUGAAAAAAUUUCCAAACACGUGGGCGAGACACAGCCGUUCGACAUUUGGGAUUACAUAAUAUCCUGUAAUCUCAAUAACGUAAGCCAAGCCGCGAUGGGCUACAACCUCAACGAUCAACGGACCUUAUCGGAAUUCGUCUUCGCCAUGAAGAAAGUUUCAGAACUGAGCAAAUGCAUUGUGAAGCCAUGGUUGUACAUCGAUCAGAUUUUCGCGGUUCACACGUACUUGACUGGUUUAAACGUGUAUAUGAGUCAAUUGAACAGGGUCUCGUUACAAAUAAUAAGGGAUAAGAAACUAGAAUUCAAAUCAACAAAAUCGCAACAAUCUACGGGAAAAUCUCACGAAGUCGUUCCGGAAGAAAGUAAUAAGAAUUCGACAAAAGUGUUCUUAGAUAAGUUACUUAAGUUGAAUGACGAAGGUGCUGAUUUUACAGACGAAGAUCUCAAGGAUGAGGUUAUAACAAUGACAGUCGCGGGCAGCGAUACCAGUGCCAUCAGUGAAUGCUUUUGCAUUCUGUUACUAGCUAUGCAUCAAGAUAUCCAGGAUAAAGUUUACGACGAGAUUUACAGUGUCGUAGGAGACAGUGAUCGCGAAGUUGUUCCUGAAGAUAUAUUUAGAUUUAAAUAUUUGGAAAUGGUAUUAAAAGAAAGCCUCAGGCUGUUUCCUCCCGGAGCAAUUUUUUCUAGAAAAAUUAACGAGAACGUAAAGCUCACGAACUUCGAACUGCCGAAGGGCUCCAAUGUGUUCGUGUCACCGUACGUCACACACCGUUGCCCACAGCUGUAUCCCGAUCCCGACACGUUCAAUCCGGAAAACUUCAGUCCCGAGAACGAAGCGAAUCGGCACAAGUUCAGUUUUUUGGCGUUCAGCGGCGGUCCUAGGGGUUGUCUAGGUGUCAAGUACGCUAUGAUCUCCAUGAAGUUAAUGAUGGUGGCGGUCUUGCGCCGUUACAGCGUACACACGGAGUGUAAAAUGUCGGAGAUCGAAAUGCAGAUCGAUUUGCUGGCGAAAAAAGCCAAUGGCUACCCGAUCACAAUCCGGCCUAGAGAGAGAACGCAAGACCGGACUAUUGAUUGAAAAAAAAAACCACCAUACAAAUGUAAUAUUACUAUUAUAGUUUUCACUAAAAAAAAAUAUAAAGAAAAAAAAUCAAGAAAAAAACACGUCAAUUUGUAUUACCUAUUAAUUAUUAUCGUUUCUUGUAAUAUGUAAUUACAACAUUUGUAUGGCA